CGUCUCUCUUGCUGCGCGCAUUCAACUCUCCUCUCGCGCGAAUCCGCCAUCCAGUUCCCCGUCCACCCGUUCAAUGUAUAAAGUUUAAAUGUACGAAAAUUCGCACCGCAUUAAUUCACCGACCGUCGCCGAGUGAAGAUCGUGGACCUCGUGGAGUUUCAAGAGUGUGUUUAGUUUUUAAAAGAAGCAGUCAGGAAUAAUACGCAAAUCUUCAGUCCUGAAAUCAUGAAGAAUCUGGGUGCAGUUCUUGGUGUCGCCUGUUUGGCCGCCGUUGUCAGUGCAGAAUUUGGCUUCUACGUCCCGAAGGCGUUCUACAAAAUCGACGAAAAUGGCUACAAAUCUCCGCUGACCUACAUCGACAACCUGCCGCCAAUCUUCCACCGCACGAGGAGAGCCGCCCAGCUGGGAGGAGUAAACUUUGGCUUCCCGCAACUGCCGUUCCCGAACUUCCCGGCGAUCCCAGCCAACGGCCAGGGUAACUUCCAGGGCGUCCAGACCACCAUCACCAGCACCGGUGGUGGCAACCUGCACAACCGCUUCGACGAGGACGGCCCGGUGGUCCAGAGCACCUUCACCUCGUUCAGCAACAACAACGGCCACGUGACCCAGACCACGCACUUUGUGGACAAGGACGGCAAGGUAACGACCCACCGCCAGGACAACCAGAACGACCAGCAGCAGCCAAAGCAGGCAGACACCUCGUCGAACCAACGGGAUGACGGCAAGUGGAAGGCACCGACGACGACGCAAAAGCCCAAGAACUAAGGAGAAUCCGAUUUCCGGCAAGCGAAAAAUUAUCAUCGACACGUCGUCAGCUGGCACUUUAGCCACCUGUAAAAGAUCGGAGAAACAUAACAAAAGAAACUAAAUCGAACUAAAAUUAUACGAUCCCCGCCAUUCCUGUCCAGAAGAAGAUCCAGUCCGGAAAUGUGAAACGACGGGGCAAUUAAUUGGUCCCACUGAGAAGCACAUUUUUCGAAAUCGCACAAGAACAAAGAAAAGAGGAGAAAAGCUCAAAAUCAUAAAAAAAACAAUAAUUUAUAAGUAGAAAUAGUCGCGAUUUUCUAUUAUUCCACCUCUCCACACGAUCCGCCUUCAUCGCCGCCGCCGUCACAAGAUAACAAAAGAGAAGAAGUCAAAAUAAAUCAAGAUGAAAAUGGGACACGCGCGCAGGAAACGGCAGUGUGAAAUUAUGCGCGCAAAUUACCGAUAUCUCGUGGCCGAGCUGCUUAAUUUCACUCUUUUUCAGUCAUUUUUGGUUUUUUUGCUUCCAUUUCGUGUCACAAUGCUCAGCAAAUCGAUGGAUGGAAACUUUCAACAGUGGCCAACAAUCCAACAGCAACAAAAUUGGAGAACGAGAAUUUCCAAAACUAAUUUAUUGUGUGUGUACUGAUUCGUAGUUUAACAAUGCCAAUUUAAGUUUAAUGCCUAGAAAUUAAAUGAUAACAAAAGCAGAACCGUGAAUAAAGAUAUCUAGUUUAGAGAAGAAAGAAAAGAAGAAAAAUAA